UGGGGCCGCGCCGCUAUGAGGCUGCUCCUGCUGGCCUGUCUCCGAGCCCAGACGGGGAACGCCACCACCGCGGGCAGGAUACAGGAUCAUCUAGAAGCUGUGGGUCACAAAUGCAGUCUUAAGGAUGCUUUUGGCUAUGAGAACCCAUCUGAAAUAGCAAAUCUAAUCUCUGCAGAGAAGUUUGAAGCAGCCUUGGCCAUUCAUCUUUAUAAAGGAGGCAGACUUCUGCAAGGUAGUAGAAUUCCUUUUGGAAUCAUCUUCGGUGGGACGGAUAUAAAUGAAGACAUCAAACAUGAAGAGAAACACCGGGUGAUGGGAGCAGUGUUAGAAGAAGCCAGGUUUGCAGUGGCUUUCACAAAGAAAAUGAAGGAACUGGCAGCAGCGGAGUGGCCAGGUGCUAGAAGCAAAAUAUACAUCCAAACUCAAGGAAUUAUGACCACACCCAGUGCAUCUUUUAAUUGGAAGAGAUUUCUACAAAAUGCAGGCAUUCCUCAAGACACAGACAAUUUAUGCUUGUUUCUUUUGAUAUGUGGACUUAGAAGAGUCAAGGACCCUCUUUAUUUAGUGGAUGCGUUUUCAGAGUGGCACAGAAGAGAGCCCCAUAUCCACCUUGUUAUAAUUGGACCCGCGGUUGAUCCACUGUUUACAAGUGAAGUCAAUGAAAAAGUUAAUAGGGCACCUGGGGUACAUUUGUUACAGGAGAUACCUCAAAAUGAUCUUCAUGCUGCUGUGAAAAGAUGCUUUGCAGUGGUGAACAGCUCCAUUUCAGAAGGGAUGUCUGCUGCAAUCCUGGAGGCAAUGGAUUUAGAUGUUCCAGUGCUGGCAAGGAAUAUUCCUGGGAAUGCAGCAAUAAUAAAACAUAAAGAUACAGGACUAUUAUUUACAGAUCCCCAGGAGUUUGUCCACCUCUCCAAAAGUCUGAUGAAUGACCCUUCUUUGGAAAGAGAAAUUGUGACACAGGCAAAAGCAUAUGUGAAGAAACACCAUUCAUGGGAAUGUGAAAGAGAAGCCUAUCAAAAUUUUGUCCUUAGACUCCAGUGAAUCAGUGGGUAUCAAAUGUGGAAACUGAUCAUAUUUUGUUUCACUUUAAUGAUGGAAUUGUAAUCAAAUUAUUUUAAAGAAAAAAAUCACACAUUAUGGAUAUAUUGUUCCACUCAAACUGUGCCCACUGUACAAACAUAGUGCAUCAGAUGGUGGUCCAUCCAACUCACUAUCCUGGCUCCAACAUGAAUGGCAUAGUGAAAUCAAGGAUGUCAAUUUCUUCAUAGUAUGCAAUCAUGUGGGCCUCAAAAUAGGGCUCUUCUUUAUGCACAGGCGGGGAUUUCAUCCACAUUGAACUUAUGCAAUGCCAGUUACUGUGUUUUAGCCUGACAAUGUUAAUAGGGCUUAAGGCAUUUAUACUCUAAUCUGAAUUUAUCUGGAUACAUGUCAAUGAUACACAUAAUGUUGUAAGAGUGGGUUCAUCUCGCUAUAUAUACAGUAAGGAUGUUAGCUGGGUCUAUGUGAUCUAAAAUUUUAAAGGGGAAGGAUCAUGAAUUAGUCAAAUGACUGGUACUUUAAUCAAGAAUGUAACUCUCUGGAGCUGGUGAGCAUUAUAGAAGUUGAUGUUUUCUAGCAUGAUCAAUAGUAGACACUGUUUGCUGCCUACAUAUUCUACUUUAUUUAUGAAUUAUUGGAAGACAGCAGCUACCUCUUAAAAUUACCAAACUUUGGGGACCUCACAGAUGGCCAUUAUUCUUACAAAAGAUGAAUGGAGGCUGUAAUAAAGAGCAACAAUGUAAUUUACUAUUUGGUAUGUAAUUUGGUAAUUUUGCCAUGAGUGACUCUCAGGAGAAAGACAUAAGAGAAAUCUGUGAGCAGUUUAGUCAAAUAAAAAGGGUUUUUAAAUUAUAUAACAAAAGGAAUCUUAAUAGUUCUAGGUACUGGCUCAUUACUAUAUGUAUAUGGUAAAUAUUACAGACAAAAAUGUUCAAUAUUUCUGUUCUGUAUUUUGAGAAAAAACAUGAUCUAUUAAUAUUUUAUGAUUAUAUAUUUUCCAAUUACAGUAACAAAGGGUGAUAUUAAACAGUAGCUAUCUAAAGUCAGACAUCUUUAAAAAUCAGCAGAUCCACAUAAACUGUACCUAAAAUUUAUAAAAGAACUGACUAAGGAGUUCUCUGGAUCAGUUAUGCAAAUUUUCAAUUAACUUUUGAACAAUGAUGAAUCUUCAGAGGAAUGAAUGAAAAUUAAUGUUUUGCCAAUAUUUUAAAAGGACAAGCAGAAUGACCCAUCUCACAGAAGGCCUGUUAGCCUAUCAUUAAUCCCAAGCAAAAUAAUGGAAAUAUAUGGAACUCAAUAAAGAAUUAAAGGAGGAUGAUAUAAUGAAUGCUAAUCAAUAUGGGAUUAUGGAAAACAAGUUGUCAAACUAUAUCACUUUUUGAUGAGUAUGGUUAAUAAAAGUAAUAGUGUUGAAUUAAUAUACCUCUCUGUAAGACAUUUGACUUGGUACCACACGUCAUCUGCAUUAAUAAAUUAGAUUGAUGCCAAA